ACCUCGUGACGUCGCCGCCUUAGUGAGCGCGCGACUGUCAAAAUAUCAACAGUAGCAGCCAAAACUUCGCUGGGGUAGUGUGUGAAAAAAAACAGUUAACUUUUGUAUUUUCCCCUCAUUCUCUGCUCUGUGACAGAACAGCUGUUCUAUAUAUUCCUCCAAUGGGCUCUAAGGUGAUAUCUAACGCGAAGGAGUUUUAUAAUAUUCUGCGGGCUCUUCAAGGCGGGGAGCGCAAUGAUCCGUGUACAUUUGAGGAGGAUAUCCAAAUGUUAAAGACUAAUGGAGACAGAAUCCCUAUACUCAAUAUGUACUGCGGCAACCAGCCAGUCUUCAUCUGUGAAAAAGCUAAGGUUCCCAAAAUGCAUGAACCUGAAGAUGAAACACCAAACUGCACUGGUGGUGAUGAAGCUGAUGAUAAUGAUGAUUAUGUUACUGCUGACGGUGAUGCCAGUGCUCUCCAGACAGAAUUGGUACCAGAGCCGCUCACAAUCAUGAAAGCAAGGCAGCUGCUGUCUUGGUACACAUUAUCUCAAAAUGUAAAUGUUUCCGCUGUGGAGAACAACCCAGCCUUACAUCCUCUGUGGGUGCGGUGUGACAUGUCUGAUCCAGCUGGAACAACUUGGUUUGGAGCUGAAACAAUUUGCAUGGGCAACAAAGUGUCUGGUGUCAAAUUAUACUCUGUUACCUGCAAAGGCUCAACAGUUGACAAAAAAUCUCUCAUAACCUUGGAUGAGCUUAAACAAGAGCACAGGAGAAGGUGUCAUCCAUCCUCGAUGGCGAUUAAAGGCAGUGCCAGAUUCCUCUUGUUAGGCUCCACUGUUGUUGAAAACACCCUGAUUAAGUCACAGACUAGUGUGACGGUUGAUUUCAAAUGGAGCCAUGUGGAGAGUGUCCUUGAGACCCCACCCCUGUCCUCUACAGCAACACUGAAUAUCAAAGUUGCCUGUGGGGAAAUGAGGAGCCCGAUGUUUGAGAUGUACAGGGAGCUAGAGUUUCUUCAGACUCUUGCUGAUGGCUUGAGAACUGGUGAGACUGAAUGGAUGGAACCUUUGGAAAGCACAUCAGCUGUAAAUCUGACCAAGGCCUUCCUAGAAGAGCUUCAGAACACUGCAAAGACACCACAGGACCAGGCUGCAAAACCAGCUGAGGCCACAAAGCUGAAGUCUGAGAAGGACGAUCCAAUUUUCAACUCUCUCUUGGAACGAGGCGAUUUGGAUUUUGUGGAGCAGCUUUGGGUUCGGAUGAGAAAGAGUGUGAUUUCAUAUCAAGACAUCGGCGACUGCCUGAAAUUGGUCACUGAAGCUCUAAGAUACGGUGACAUCAAACCCUGGAUCCACAGAGACAGCAGCAGCUCCCUUAGCAAGCUCAUCCUGCAGUCCUACCACAAGCAGAUCGAUCAUGUGUCUCUCACAGGGCUCACCCCUGUCAACAUGCUGCUAGAGAUGGGUCUGGACAAGAUGAGAAAGGAUUACAUCAACUACCUAAUUGGUGAAGAACUGACAACGCUAAACCACUUGUGUUAUUACCUGAGCACAGACAUAGAUCUGCAGGAGCAAGUGAUCCGACUCAGGAAACUGCACCAUCUGCUGGAAAUAAUCUUGACCUGCAGCACUUUCCUGGGUUUGCCCUAUGACCGACUCUUCCUUCUCACACAAUCAAGUUUGCAGCACUACAAGACAUACCCAUAUGAUGAGAACCACGAAUUCAAACUGCAAAUUAAACCUGCGCUCAUCAGUCAUUUCUACCAGAAAGAGCACCCAGUAGUGUGGGGGGUUGAGGUGUCCAGUGGCAGCGGUGCUCGUGAGGUCAGGACAUCCUUACAGCUGAGUGACAGACCGCUGGUUGAUCACGUCAUCUUUGACACAGGUGAUAAUAAUGCACCACUCCAAAUAAAGUACUUGCCAUAUAGUUACAAGUUGCCUCUAUCCCAGUUUACAGCAGAGGUAUUUUCUUCUGUCAUUUUUCUGACUUCAGAUUACACAAAUGACACGGUGAAUGGGGGCAGCGAGGAUCCGGCCUUUUUCUCCACCAUGGUGUGCUGCGGUCUCGCCAACUUUGCAUGAACUUACACAGAGCACAACUGAACAACAAAGGAUGUGUUUAUUGUCAUUUUUGAUGCUUUCAUCAGCAGUUAACAUGUUUUUUAAAUAGAGGAAAAACUAGCCAGACAGCAGACAACCGUAGGAUCAGCUAUUAAUAUACUGUAUUUUUGUCUGACGUUUUAAAAGAACAACUUUCAGUCCUUUGUAAGUAUUUUCUGUGAUGCACAAUUGCUUCCUUUACCUCUGUUUAAUAUAGGGGUCAAAAGAAAUUUUGCCAAACAGCUCCCAGUUGUAACCAAAUGAAAACACAACGUACAGUGGACCACAGGGGUUGUUUGCAAUGGUAAUAUUCCACAGCAAUAUUGUAAAAUCCAAAAAUGUUGCAGGACUAUCCACACUGUUUGAGUGUCUUGUACUAAGUUCAUCAUUGUAGGCUAAACAGCAACUGUAUGCACAUCAAAUUGAUGAAGUCAGUAAUUUUCUUGAAAUUCAGUUCGAAUAAUGUAUUUAUGUUCACACGUGAUCCAAUAAAGAAAAGUGGCACCUACA